CUACAAAAGAUUUGCUAUUUAUUCUCUCUUUCCCCCCUUUGAUUUUCGGAGCCCUAAAUUCCCUUUCUUUAACCUUCCAAUCCCUAGCUAAUGAACUACUUGAUCGUUUCAGAGUUUCCAAUUCAUGGAUAAUCAUCAUAGGAGGAGGAGAUCCGUAACUGACGAUGACGACAUGAUCACUAACCUUCCAGAGGAUUUGAUAAACCCGAUUUUAGAGCGGCUCCCAGUCAAAGAUGCUGUAAGAACAAGCGUUCUUUCAAAAAGGUGGAGGUAUAGAUGGACCACUAUGAGGACACUGGAUUUCCAUUUCGGAUUCUCUGGACAGUUUUUAAAUAUUGGAGCUUAUCAGCAUAAUGGGUUUACAAGGGUUAUAAGCCAGAUUAUGAUCCAUCACCAGGGUCCCAUUUCGACCUUUCUUCUCCAUAUACCAAAAGAGAUAGUUCUUCAUAGCUUCCAAGAAGUUGAUCUAUGGAUGUUAAUCCUGUCAAGAAACAAUCUCAGGGUGCUCCUCUUUCGGAAUUCAAAUCGGAUUUAUCAGAUUCCACCCUCCGUAUUCUCUUGUCUAGAAUUGAGAGUAUUGGGAUUACGUGGCUGUAUUUUCAAUCCACCACUUGAGUUUAAGGGAUUUCCCAAUCUUCAAGAUAUUAAUCUCCAGAAAGUUAUUUUCGGCGGUAAUUUAGGUGGAACUGUAAUCAACUUGCCACAACUUAAGAAUUUGAGCCUGCAUACAUGUCUCAAUCUCAACAAUUUCAACAUCAUGGCUGUAAAAUUGCAGCAUUUGCUGGUAUUUGGUUGCCCUGAUGCCAUGUUGCUCCGGUUAUUGCAUAGUAAACACCUUUCUGCGGUUCAUAUAUGUUUGGGGAAAUCUAUGCAAGGUCUACAAGUUGAAAGAUAUAGUUUGGCGAGGAUGUUAAGCAACUUGCCCAAGCUUGUUACGUUUAACAUUGAUGGUUAUUUUCUUAAGUUUUUGGCAGCACAAAAGUUUCCAAGCUUGCUUCCACAUGCCAUAAUACACUUACAGCUAUUGAAGUUCCAAAGGUUUAGUUUUGGUGAUUUGGAUCAAGUUCAAGGUGCUCUGUGUAUCCUUCGGAACUCACCUAAUUUGAAAGGACUUGGUGUGACACAUGUGCAGAUGGGACCUGAGGCUGAUUUGGAAUUAACAUCUAAUUAUAUAGAAUCCCUUGACUCUCUGGAUCAGACAUUGUUCAUGUUGAAAACUGUAGAAAUGAUAUCUCUAGAAGGUUCAAGACCAGAGCUUCUCUUUGUAAAGCUUCUACUUGAUCAUUCUCCACAUCUUGAAAGUAUGAUUAUCCGACCAAGUGCAACGGUUGAUGCUGAGAAAAGGCUCAACAUUGCAAAGGAUGUUAUGUUGUUCCCACGGGCCUCAUCAAAAGCAAAGAUGGUCUACUUGGAUCCGGAGCCAUAAUUCUAUAAGAAUGUUUAACUGCACUGAAAUCCGGUGGUUAUCUUGUAGUGUAUGUCUUGUCUUUAUUUUACCUUUUUGGUAUGCAGUUAAUAAUAGGACAAUGUAUGUAAAGAGUGUGUAGCUCUAUAUAUCUAGUUAAGACGAUGAUAUUAGUGGACUUGGGAUUUUGCUGGAUCAACACAGGGGUACAGAGUGUUAACAGGUUCUGUUACGUGGUUAUUAUUGUUGUUGUUGUU